CUGUGAUGUGUACGUUUUUUGGAUUCCAUGUAUCUCUGGGAUGUUUUCAUUUUAGACGAUAAUUCCACUGGUCGAAUGCUGAAGAGUACAAAUAGAAUCCCUUUCUCCAGAGGAGGAUGUCUGUGUCGGGGAAGAAGGAAUUUGACGUGAAGCAGAUCCUCAGGCUUCGCUGGCGCUGGUUCAGCCAUUCAUCCCAAGGUUCGGCUGGCAGCGGAGGUGGUGGCGUUGGCGGGGUGGGAGGCUACAUCCAACAGGAUGGCCUGGACCACCGAGGGACGCCCACCCAGGGUCGGCUGAAGAGUCACUCACGGGACAGAGGUGUUGGGGCACUACGGAAGACUAGCAGCCCGGCCCACAGCAUCUUGGCACCAACACCAGGGCCCACGCCUGUCUAUGUCAGAGCAGGGCAACAAUCAUGGCACCAACAGAACACCAUCCAUGGUCUCCAGGUCAACGAGGAGACCAUAAAGAGCAGCUCCUCACCCAAUGCCACAAGGAAAGAGGACCCCAACACUGGCCAGGAAAAUGUGAAGAGCAGCACAGAGGAACCUGCAGAGGUGGAGGCCAGAGAGAGGUUGGUUCUGAGCACCUUCUCCAGAAUGAACACCAACUCCUCAGAUGAGUUUUUCCAGGCCACCAACCACGCAGAGCAGACGUUCCGGAAGAUGGAGACGUACCUGCAGCACAAGCAGCUGUGUGAUGUCCUCUUGAUAGCGGGGGAUCACAAGAUACCGGCUCACAGAUUGGUUCUGAGUGCUGUGUCGGACUAUUUUGCGGCGAUGUUCACCAGCGACGUGAGAGAGGCCAAGCAGGAGGAGAUCAAGAUGGAGGGAGUGGAUCCCGAGGCGCUCAGAUCUCUGGUUCAUUUCGCAUACACUGGUGUCCUUGAGCUGAAAGAGGAGACCAUUGAGAGUUUAUUGGCGGCAGCUUGUCUCCUCCAGCUUCCUCAAGUCAUCCAGGUCUGCUGUAACUUUCUGAUGAAACAGCUUCAUCCCUCCAACUGCCUGGGAAUACGCUCCUUCGCAGACGCCCAAGGCUGCGUGGACCUGCUCAAUGUGGCUCAUCACUACACCAUGGAACACUUCCUGGAGGUCAUUCAGAACCAAGAGUUCCUGCUGCUCCCCACGGCUGAGAUUGUUAAGCUGCUCUCCAGCGAUGACAUCAACGUUCCCGACGAGGAGACCAUCUUCCAGGCUUUGAUGAUGUGGGUGCGGUACGAUGUGCAGCAUCGACAGAAGGAGCUCGGCGUCCUGCUCGCCUACAUCCGCCUGCCUCUUCUUCCUCCACAGCUCCUUGCAGAUCUUGAAAACAACAAGAUGUUCUCUGAUGAUCUGGAAUGCCAAAAGCUGCUGAUGGAGGCCAUGAAGUACCAUCUCCUGCCCGAGCGACGACCCAUGUUUCAGAGCCCCAGAACCAAACCUAGAAAGUCCACUGUGGGAGCACUUUACGCUGUGGGAGGGAUGGAUGCCACCAAAGGUUCGACCACCAUAGAAAAGUACGACCUGCGGACAAACACUUGGGUCCAGGUUGGAGUGAUGAACGGACGGCGGCUGCAGUUUGGCGUGGCGGUGAUAGACGACAAGCUGUAUGUGGUCGGAGGGAGGGACGGACUCAAAACAUCCAACAUGGUGGAGUGCUACAAUCCGAUCAAUAAAGUGUGGUCCACCAUGCCGCCCAUGUCAACACACAGACAUGGACUAGGCAUCGCCGUGCUGGAGGGCCCCAUGUAUGCUGUCGGCGGCCAUGACGGCUGGAGCUAUCUUAACACAGUGGAGCGCUGGGACCCGCAGGCCAGACAGUGGAACUACGUGGCCAGUAUGUCGACACCACGGAGCACCAUGGGAGUCACAGCACUCAAUGGAAAAUUGUUUGCAGUCGGCGGUCGAGACGGCAGCUCGUGCCUGAGGUCGAUGGAGUGCUUCGAUCCGCACACCAACAAGUGGAGCAUGUGUGCGCCCAUGGCCAAGAGGCGAGGAGGUGUGGGUGUGGCGACAUACAACAACUUCCUGUAUGCUGUAGGCGGACACGAUGCCCCGGCCUCCAACCACUGUUCUAGACUCUCCGAUUGUGUUGAGAGGUAUGACCCAAAGACGGACAUGUGGACGACUGUGUCCUCCCUCAGCAUUCCCCGCGAUGCAGUGGGUGUGUGCCUGCUGGGCGACAGGCUGUAUGCUGUGGGGGGAUAUGACGGCCAAUCGUAUUUGAACACUGUUGAAUCCUAUGAUGCACAGAACAACGAGUGGACUGAGGAGGUCCCUCUGAACGUCGGCCGGGCGGGCACCUGUGUGGUGGUGGUGAAAUUGCCUUGAGUGUUUUGUCUCAUGACAGCGCGGGAAAACAAGCGAGAGAGCGGCAAAGAAAAAGUGGACAAACAAAACAACAGAUCAAGGACACCUCCUUCGAGAGUCAUGUUUUCAUCAUUAUUUUCUUUUUUUGCUCUAAAUCCAUGAUUUUUCUGAGGGAAACACAGACUGAGCCUUCACCCAUUGUUUCUAUCAUUAGUGGACAUGUCUGCCCACUGGGGAGGAGCUGUUCUGAAACUCUGCUCCGCUCUGCACAUUCUCCACAUUCUCAACCGAUCAAGAAUUUUCAUAGACUUGGCGAAGCUGCAGCGAAUCAGUGCCAAACCUUUGUUGUUGCUGGUUUGUUGCGCUAGUUUUAUGGAAAGUUCUGCGUGUGUCUGUAAGAUAAAAUGUAAAAAGUUGCAUUUUGAGUAAAUGGGCCGACCUCCAGGUUACGUUUACAUUUAUACACCAACAUUUCCUCUCAGUGCCAUCACACACAGUAUAUUUUUUGGGUUUAUAUUUCCCUUUAUAGCCACUCUGAUAAAAAAAUAAAACGAAGUGAGAAAUGUUAUGUACCAGUGUCUUUCCUUAGUGGGUGGUCCAAACAGAUUCUCUUUAGUGAUGAAGAACCACUGUGACCACUGAGGCUGAUGACUUCGGGAUUUAAAUCAAAGUUUUUGCUGAAUAAUAAUAUUAUAUUUGGACAUUUUCUUUCUUUUUUAUUGAACCUGUAGCUGCAGAACACCAAAGUCAUUUGCUUGUCUUAGAAGAGGUUUUGUUGCUCAUUAAAUAAAAGUUUACAAAAUUGUGAAUUACAGAUAAUAUAUCAUAUUGAUAUUUCACAUUGCUGUGUAAUGUUUUUGUGGAACUACAUUUGUUGUUGAUGGGAUCUCGCCUGAACCAGAGCACUGGUGACUACACUUGUUAUUAUUCUGUCGGCUUCAUUUCUGGGCAUGCGAGGUGAGCUAAUGUUUUUGUUUGAAUUUUACAGUAUUACACAUCGAGAUCAUUGUCUCUUCUGUAUUGUAGGAGCCUCAAUGCCUUUUUGAUCAUCACAUUCAUGGCUCAGAUGUUGGAUGAACCCUGGAGAAACUUCAAACUGUGGCUCAGUGUCACCGGGUGCAUCCACAGUGCUGUUUUAUGUUUUUUUUUGGGUGCAGCACUUGAAAACCAGAAACUCACAGCACUUCUCUAACGUGACUCGGAUUAGACUUUUUAGGAUUUGUAGUCAAGCUGCUCAUAAAAGUAAUCAUUACCGACCUGCUCACGAUGAGAUCUAUUUGUAAUUGUAAUUACAACAUGUUUUUUGGGGCCAAAUGUUACUUUUUAUGUUUUUAUCAUAAUUUUGUACAGCAUGCCAAACCUAUAAAUAA